GGAGAAGAUGCUUACCACAAUGUUUGUUGAUAUCUUUCAAAAUAAUCGAUCCAGAAGAAUAAAAUAGUCGAAAUAUUAAAAAAAUACUGAGGAAGAAAAACGGAGUGCACGCUUCACCUUCGAAAUUCCACACUUCAACUCCUCUUCGUCCAAUCCUUAUACUGGCGGCACUUUCACCAGCCAGCGUGUCUAAAGUAUAGAAAAAUAGAGGACGGGGUUGCUGGCAGCUCAAAUCAAACGUUCACGUUUUAUUCUGUAUGCAGGAAAGAACUGAAAAGAGGGCUGAUUAGUGUUGAUUAGUGCAUAUAAAUAGUAUUUAUGUACUACUUGAUAAUAUCUGUUAAUGAGAGAUUCGACAGUUAGUACAUUUCUACUGACCAAAUUCUCCUAAUUUGUUUGUCAGAAAGAUUAUUUUUCUUCCACGGAUCGUCACUGAACCCUAUCCAUUGUGCUAUGAUCAGUUGCUGGUAACUUACCAGUGGCCUCAAUGGCAUCCGGUUUUGGUGGAUAAGAAAUAAGUCAAGACUGAAGAUUAAGGGAGACGAGCCAUUGAGCAAACAGCGACAAUUAGAAGUCGAACCCUUUAAGUUGAAGCAACCUUUCAAGGGACUUUUAAGCAACCGAACGCAGCCUUGUUUGAUAUAGAUAGAUUCUGGCUGUCUAUACUACACAAGAGACUGAUUGGUUAAAAACGAGGGAGGAGGAGGGAGGGAGGAACCGAUACCUGAUCUAACCUUAUAUAAAUUGCAAUAUUUACUUGAUUGAUUUAGUAAAUAUUCAGUUUUAUUAAAUUAUUUGUCAGUAUGUUUAAUGAAAUAGACGAGAUCACUCACUAUCCAGACAGUGUUGUUAGUCUUUUUGCUGGGAAAAGUAAACUGGAAAAAAGGUUAUCAGCAAUAAGGACUCAGGCAAAACUCAAGAAAGAAAUCUCCCAAGUGCUUGAAUGUCCUGUCUGUUUAGAGCAGUGCCAAAACUGCUUGCCGUUCAUAUGCAGAAAUGGACAUCUAAUAUGCAGCCAAUGCAAAACGAAAGGGAACAUCAGCUUGUGCCCUACUUGCCGCAGUCAAAGCCUCAAUGAAUUUCUCGGUUUUAAAGAUCUCGUUCAAAAGUACGACAAUCUCCCUUGUCCUCACAGAUGUGAUCAUAUAUCGGCGGAUGAUAAUGAGCGAAAGGAACAUCUCAAAACGUGCUUAUCCGAUUGGAGAAAGUGUCCUCUACCUUUUUGUGACGAUAAGAACCCGGGGCUGAACUACAGACAACAUUUAAUUAGUCAACAUCCAGACCUCUGCUACUCGUUUGGGGGCCGAGUGGUAGUGGAUCUGGGUGGUGAAAAUCCAAAUUUGACGACUGUAUUUUUCUUUGGUACCGACGACGACAUCGUUAUGGUCCAUGUAGAGAGUAAUUUUCGUUACUCUGCUAGUUAUUUGAGUCAGCCAGCCAGUAAAAACUCUUCGUCUGUAAACUUGGUCGUUAAAAAUGAAAAGACAGCCAAGCAGAAAACGUUUCAAUUGUCCAUUUCUAAUGAUGAUGACCACGAAGGCGGAUUAAAUUUGUCAUAUCAAGAUAUAAGGGAAUUAAAGCAAAUUGGAUUAGGAAAAUGGACUAUUGCUGUUCACAUCAGUAUCUCAUCAGCGGACCUUUUAAAAAGCUUAAAGCAUAAAUCGUGCAGCCAUGGUCGGGGACGAUGUUUGCUCGUUUGCCCAGAUCUGACCUGCAAUAAACCAUUUCCUUGCGAUGCCUGUCAUGAUGAAUGCAACCUGGAUCACAAAAUGAGCCUCGAAAGAGUUCGAGAGGUUAUUUGUCUGAAAUGUUGCUUCGUGCAGACUAAGCAACGAAAAUGUGUGUCCUGCCAUAGAGCGUUGGUUAAGACAAGCAAGGAUGCUAUUGGUGAAUUGGGUCAAGAACUCCAGAAAUUUCGCAUCGGUGACAAACACAUGUUAUAAGAUUUACAGUCCUUUGUAUACUUUAAUUUUAAUACUUUAAUUCCAUUGAUGAGACUGUCGUGUAUGUACUCGACGUAUCGUUCUAACAUAUCUAUUGCCAAAUUGUAACCCAAUUCCAUAAAUUAUUAUGAAGUAGUAUACUCUAUGUAACUAAAUAGGUCCCGACAAAUAAAUGUGCGUGAGAGUAACUACCUCACACUUUCUCCAACAAAUCAA